CCCUAAACUCACUUAGUCGCUCGCGUGGCGCUACAGGUGACUUGGGAAAAUGCCCCAAAGCGCCAAGCCCCACUGCUGUCUCUCACCGGUUGCUCCCUAGCCUCCCAUCUCGUCACACGGGUGCUGUAUGUAGCAGAUGCAGCAGCUAUCCAGGCAUCUCCUCACGUGCAUGCACGGCAUUCACACAUGUCAUGGCAGCUGCGGCGGCGACCGCGGGGGAUAUGGCUGGGCCCAUCACCCCUUUCCAGAGCCCUACCUUCGAUAAAGAUGUCAAGAUCGCGGUCAACGAGGAGUAUACCGCAGCCUCCAUCUCACCCAGCGGCCGUGAUGUGGUUCUAGCCGGAACGCGAGGCAUCCUCAUCAUUGAUCUGGACAACCCCUAUUCACCACCUCGUUAUAUUCGUCAUCGCAUCGGAUUCGAGGUAGCAGAUGUGCAGUGGUCCCCUUUUGCAUCGCGAGCCGAGUGGAUUGCUUCGACAAACAACAACAAGGCCGUUAUUUUCAACCUCAAUAUCAAAUCGAGCUUGAACGAGGCUCCAAUCCAGUUUACUCUCGACUCUCACCAAGGAAACAUCACAGAUAUAAACUUUUCGGCACACCAUCCCGAUGUCUUAGCAACCUGCGCUCUCGAUACCUAUGUUUACACCUGGGAUCUCCGUGCCCCCUCGUCUGUAGCAACUGCUUUGUCUUCGGUUCAUCGCACGCCCAGUGUCACAUUUGCCGACUGGGAAGGCGGCGCUACGCAAAUCAAAUGGAACCGGAAGAAUGAGUUCAUCCUCGCAUCAUCGCAUGAUCGAUAUGUGCAGGUUUGGGAUAUUCGCCAUGGAGCACGUCCUAUAUCCACUAUUCACGCCCACUUCAACAAGGUUUACGGCAUAGACUGGCAUCGCUCUGAGCCAACAAAGAUCCUUACUUGCUCUCUUGAUAAGACCAUCAAACAGUGGGACCAGGUUGGCCUUGUCGAGAGCAUAAACAUUCCCUACCGCACCAUAUAUACAGAAUAUCCAUUGCUGCGAGCCCGUCAUACACCAUUCCCAAAUGGAAUCAUUGCUAUGCCUCAACAUGGAAGCGCCUCGUUGGGACUUUACCCUCAGCAACAUGGUGAUGCCGAAACCAUCACACCCGAUAAACCUGUUCACAUCUUCGAAAACAAUGCCGGACCUACUCGUCUACAUGAGUUUCUUUGGCGCUCACGUGGUUCUUGCGAAGAGGAUUUGGAUAAUCGCGAAUUUCAACUGGUAACAUGGGCAACUGAUCACCAGCUUCGACUCCACAGCGUUGAUUCACAGAUGCUCAAACAAGCAGUUGGCUUUAUCAAAGGGGGCCCUAUGAUCGAAGAGCCAAGCAAGUCCCGGAUGGGUGCCCAGUACAUCACUUUUCGUGAUGGGCCUGCACCAAUGCCGGAAAAUAAUCGAUCAAAUCGAUCUCAGGACGGGAGUUUCCAAGCCGGCACACUCUCAUCUCUGUUCAAAAACCCUCGACACACGAGUGCUACUCCACGCUCGCAAACCCAGCCAAAACGUACCACGAUGACAGCACGCACUGUCAGGCGUGAUCCUACUCAACGCGUGGUAAAUCACGUAUCUUGGAUGCACAAUGUUAACAUUGAAAAUCGUAAGGUUGACCAAAAUGGAAGACCAACAGAUCAACCAGACACACAACGUCACGGGAUAGCCCAAGAAAUUGCUGCAGUUGGCACCAAGUACCCCAAUUUAGAACCCGAAAAAGUAGAUUUGUCAUCUCGGCAAUCUGUCAUAACAUUCAAAGGUCCAUGGGGUGAAUACGACAAUGCUUCCAAUCAUGACCAGCUACAUGCCCGGAAGCCUGUUUUCUUGCGUCUCCGCAUUGGGUUCCCCGAGGGAUAUCCAAAUGUCGAGGAGGCGCUAGAUGAGUUCGGAGAGCUUGAUGAUCAAGAGAUCCAUCCGCUUGACAUCAACUUUGAAAAAACUACCGCAGCUAUUGCGCCCGCUAUGCUUGAUCAUCUCAAAACUGCCCUCGACCGCAUUGCGAGAGCUUAUGCAUAUCGUGGGCGCCCGGCGUUAGAUGCAGUAUUCACAUAUGCCUUAGGAGAGAGCAGCCUCGAUCAUAUCAUCGCCCAAUCCAAAGCUGAUGAACCUAAGGUUAACAUAGAAUCAGAUUCGAGACACUUGCCAGGUCUAAUGCCCGAUCAUGACAACUCGAGCGAGGAAGAUGAAGAUUCAGAUCCAGGCGAUUUCAGCAACGAUCUAAUGAACUCUACACAUUCAAAUGCCAACAUUCCGCUUCCUGCACAAACGGUAGCCAAAUUCUCCAGUCCAGGCUUUUUAGUCACGACACGAGUGCCUAAUUCUGGUCCAGCAACGAUGCGGGCACCAUCCAUAUUCAUGACAGACGCAAUGAGGCUUCCCCGGAAUCUGCGUCACAAUCCACAGAAAGAUGAUAUUUUUGAAACUUUUGGUCGUAUAACUGCCGGUCACGGAUCCGACUCCCCAGACUCUUCCGUAUCUUGGGAAUCAUCUACUUCUCCAUCCUCAUCCUCAGGCUCAGACAGUGAAGCUGAGGCCCGAUUUCGGAAUUUUCUACCCCCUCUGCAGUGGCAAAAAGUGUCAUCUGCCCUUCAUACAAAAGCCUCUGCCCCAUCAUCGCUAGUGCCGCCUCAGUUGAGCAAGCGGUCUGUCAUCUCUGUUCUGGAAACAGCAGUAGCUCAGUUUAUACCCAGUAAGAUGGUGCUCGCCAAUGAAUACCUCAUUUUUGGUGACGGACCAACUGUCUGUUCACACAACGCGGAUGUCGCUCGGAAGCAUGGUUUCGAUGACUUGGCGGAUAUCUGGCAACUGUGCACACUAAUUCUAAACAACCAAGUGCCGUUGGACAUUCUACCCCAGCAACAUAGACGCGAGCAGAUUCUAGUCCUUGCGCGAAGGGCAUUGGUGAGAAUCAAGAGAAAAGAUAGUGGCAUGGAUCUUCAAUUUGAUGAAGCAGACGCGGUGACCAACCCCAAGCUCAGAGGGCGUGUGAAAUGGGGACAUCAUUCAGUUGUCACAUCCCUAAUUCCAGCGCUUUUUGAGCAUUUCGAGAAAUUGGCAGACACUCAGAUGCUUGCCAUGUUAUCUUGUGUGUUCUCCGAGCCUGCAGCCCGCGAGGGUGUUCCUAGUGCUAUGGCCAAGAUGAGCGGAUCGCACCUUCCUAUGUCUAUGGAAGCUCCUGCUUUUAGUCUCGAUUAUUUCUCGUCCCCGGAGACUGCAUGGAGUCUAUUCAAACCUACCAUUCAGAUCCCUUCUACGCCUGCGCAUUCACGGUAUGCUAUGCCUGUGAAUGAAUUCAGUUGGCACCGGUUAAGUAAGAACCUGGAUACAUAUGGCUCUCACGGGUCAUCGAAUGGACCAUGGGGUAGUGAUACGCUGCCUUCUGAACCUGUUACUCCUUACUCCACAGGAAACACUCCGCCCAAUCUCUCGCGGGCGCCAACAAGCCGAGCAGCGACUGCUACAAACACUCCAUACUCAACAAGUCCCGAGCAAAGUCAAAUCACGAGCAGAAGAAUGGGCCCCGCUGGAUUUUCCAAUGCUCUUGCUAAUCUGGGCAAAACACUCAUGUCCUCGUCGCCACCUGUCAAAAAUCGUACCGAUGAUUUGUCGACGUCAGCACCCACAAGUGGCGUGACCUGGGGCGCCAAUACAUUCUACAGCAGUGGUAGUCAAGAACGGACUCUUGCCCCCCCUCGUUUGAAGCAGGGCAAGAGAGCCAGUUUCGGUCAAGCUGAACAUAUCAACGUCGACUACAUUUCUGAUUCGGAUUCCGAAUAUGAUGCCCUGCCGGCAGACGCCCCAUCGCAAUACAUGAUUUCUUCGAGCAUAAACGCCAAUGAUACAGAUGAGCAGUCGCGCAUCCGAGUCACGCUGAAAAACCAAGAUCAAUUCGAUGAUGAAGCGUGCGUCAGUGCGCCUCUACUCGACAUGUCCAAGGAGUGGCUGUACCGCGCCUGGAGAGAACAAUACGCCGAAAUGCUGGGAUGCUGGGGACUGGUCAGCAAGAGAGCAGAGGUUCUCAAAUUCAACGGACUGGUUGGGUACUUCCCAGCUGCGGAGGAGCCGCCCAGGGCGAGUUCAAAGGCUGGAUCUGCGCAUAUGACACUGAAAGAAGAGGAUGAGGAAGACGAAGCAGCCUUUCAAUCGGAGCAAAUGUCGCAAACGACGACCUUAGCUCCACCGUCUCUUCAUCCAUCCAUACAAGCCCGACGCUCGCCUUUGGCAUCUCCACGCCAAUUUUCGCUCAAUCCAGAAGCCAUGGAAUUCAAGCCGCGAUUCUCCUUCGCGCCUGCCGAAGAAGCUUCCGUUCCGUUGUCCGAGACAACCCCACUCGCGGAACAAUAUCUUCGCCUCAGCAUUCCUACUCCAUCGACCGAACCAUCUGGGGAUUUUUUCACGGUCAGCACCCCACUCUCCGCCACUAAAUUCCCACCAUCUACACCUCGACUUUCACGGCCAUCACUUUCGCGACGUCAGUCGAACUUAUCGGGGCACUCGCAUAUUUCUACGCCGCGCAACCCGUCCGUCGCAGCAUCUCCGAAGAAAUCCAAACAACCGAGUGAACCGAUCUACACAUGCACGAUAUGCUGGAUUCGAGUUACUGGGCGCUUCUACCUCUGUAUGAGCUGUAGACACAUUGCACAUUUCGCAUGCAUGGACAGUAGUCUUGGACUUGACGAAGGCGAAUGUGUCGUGGGUUGUGGGUGCGGGUGCGGGUUCGAAGAUGAGAACGAGCGUGAUAAAAUCGAGAGAUUCAUUGAAGGGGUGAGGAGUUGGGACGAGCAGGGUGGGUGGUUACCAGAAGUUGAGUUCGACGAGGAUGCUAGUACACGGGCUUUUGAGAAAUCAGGAGAGAGCAAGAAGAAAGAGGAGAAAAAGGGUAGCGGGAAAGAGAAGACUGGCGGUAAAGGGAAGAGGAAAGCUAGGUUGACAGGGAAGAGUUAUUUUUGAUGAGCGUUCAGAUUGGUCUGACCCUUCAUUCCUACUUUGUUGGUAGGAAAUGUUCCUUAUACAUUGUAUCAUUACGGAACCGGCGAUUAUCUGGUUCAUUUGUUUGAUUUUCACUUGCAUU